AUGCCGGCGGCUGCGGGCGACGGGCUGCUGAGCGAGCCGCCGGCGGCGGGGUUCGGCGAUGGCGGGGAGCCGCGGAAGCCGCCCCUGGGCUCGGAGGGAAGUUUCCUGGCCGCCUGGAUCAGCGCAGCGGGCGCGCGGGAGCGGCUCCGCGAUUUCCAGCACACCAAGCGCGUCGGCAACUACCUGAUCGGCAGGAAGCUGGGAGAGGGGUCCUUCGCCAAAGUGCGGGAGGGGCUGCAUGUGGUGACCGGCGAGAAGGUGGCAGUGAAAGUUAUUGACAAGAAGAGAGCCAAGAAGGAUACCUACGUCACCAAGAAUCUGAGACGCGAGGGGCAGAUCCAGCAAAUGAUCCGACAUCCCAACAUAGCUCAGCUGCUGGAUAUAUUGGAAACUGAAAACAGCUACUACCUUGUCAUGGAGCUGUGCCCUGGGGGCAAUCUAAUGCACAGGAUCUAUGAGAAAAAAAGACUGGAAGAGCAUGAAGCACGCAAAUAUAUCAGGCAGCUUAUUCUAGCAGUGGAGCAUCUUCAUCGGGCCGGGGUGGUUCACAGAGACUUGAAGAUAGAAAAUCUGUUGCUAGAUGAAGACAACAAUAUCAAGCUUAUUGACUUUGGCUUGAGCAACUGUGCGGGUAUCUUGGGUUACUCUGAUCCAUUCAGCACACAGUGUGGCAGCCCCGCCUAUGCAGCCCCAGAACUUCUUGCAAGGAAAAAAUAUGGUCCCAAAAUAGACGUUUGGUCCAUUGGAGUGAAUAUGUAUGCUAUGUUGACUGGGACUUUACCUUUCACUGUGGAGCCAUUCAGUCUGAGAGCUUUGUACCAGAAAAUGGUAGACAAAGAAAUGAAUCCUUUCCCUGCCCAACUCUCCACAGCGGCCAUAAACCUUCUACAAUCUCUGCUAGAGCCAGAUCCUGCAAAGAGACCAAACAUCCAGCAAGCUUUAGCAAAUCGUUGGCUUAAUGAGAAUUACCCUGGGAAAGCACCGCAUAAUGUCACGUAUCCAAACAGAAUUCACCUAGAAGACCUCAGCCAAAGUGUGCUGCUCCAUAUGACUGAAAAGCUGGGCUACAAGAACAGCGAUGUGAUCAACACUGUCCUCUCUAAUCGGGCAAGCAACACUCUCGCCAUCUACUUUCUACUUAAUAAGAAACUAGAGCGCUAUUUGACAGGCCUGAGAAAGUCAGAUGUCCAUGAUAAUGUUUGCUACAGGAACCAGCUAUACCAGAUAGAAAAAUACAAGGUGAACCAAGAUGCCUAUGAGGACAAAAAGCAAAAAGAACAAGAAAAGAAAGGGGAGCUUCUCCACCGCCCAAUCCCAAAGAAAAUAGAGAAAAAUUCACCUUCUUACAGACAGCCCUCCUCCUGCCUUAUCGCACAGAUACAGAACCCCAAGGCACUGCUGAAAGAGAGAAAAAUCACCAAGACUGGUGUUCCUGAGAAAGAUUCUACCGGUGGUUUAAGCCCUUACCACGAACCCAUGGCAACCAAGACCGGUUGUGUCACUUCCUGUUCUCUGGAAUAUCUUGAAAUCCAGCCACCUCUUCCAAGGACACCUAGACUCCUUAAGAGGCAAGAGUCUCCUCAGCAAGAGUCUGCAAGCAUCAGAAGUCAGACAAAGGAUGCUCCUUUGAUCCUAAAUAUUGUGCAUUCUUUUGAAUCUGUUGAUAGAGAGGACCAAAUAGACCAGAUUUCCCCCUCUCACCAGUAUAGAAUUUUAAGUUCACCAGUGAAUUUUGGUUAUAAAAGCUCAAGUGAAAGGACACUGUCUCCACUUCUUCAGCCUGGAAGCGCAUCUCCUGCCAAAACUCCAGUUCAUGGGACUCAAGUCUCUUUCACAUUUGAAGAAAAGACAAGUCCUUUGAGAGAAGAAGUCAUGUCUCCCACUCAGCCAGCUUCAAAUAAUCUCUCCAAUCCUUUGGGGAGCCCUAACUGUGUUAAAAGCAGAGGCAGAUUCCCCAUGAUGGGGAUUGGACAGAUGUUACGGAAAAGGAAUCAGACCAUGCAGUCAACCACUGACAAGUCGCUGGAAGCAAGAAUGCCUCAGUUGCAGCAAAUGAAUCCAGCACAGAUUUCAUUUAAUGCACCAGAUGCUGUGAACGGCCAGUGUUAA